AUGAGCAUUUUCAAUGUCAUUGCGGCUCUGACAUUUGCGAUCUCAUUAGCUGCAUCACAGUCUGAUAAGAUUACAGGAAAAAUUGAUCUUGUAUUUGGUGUACCAUCAACAACACGACUUGGCUCAAAUGGAUUUAAUAGGUUCAAAGAAUUUGUAAAGGAAGUGAGCAGUUCGUACUCCUUAUCAGCAAACGACACAAAUGUUGGUGUUAUUCAAUAUGGUGGUAAUGCUAGAGUUGUCCUUCCACUCUCAGAAGGAAAUUCUAGAGUUGUGUUGGAGCAAAGACUUGAUCGUAUGACUUUUAGAAGGGGUUCGCAAAAUGUUCCCAAUGCCCUACAACUUGCUUCGUCUGAAAUGUUUGGUCCAGGUGGAAGUGGGCGAGUCUCGUCAAGCAAGUACUUUGUGUUUGGUGCUGAGGGCUCAACAUCUGAAUCGAAGGAAGAUUUGGAACUUGCUGCUAGAGGUCUUAAUUAUGAAGGUGUUUCCAUAAUGCCCAUACCAAUUGGUGCUGGAUCUUCUCGUUCUAAUUUGGAAGCCAUUGCAAGCACUCCAAAAAGAAAUUUCUUCCUACCAGCUAGGAAUGUUAAUUCUCUAGGAGCCAGUUUCCAAAGAAGUGUUGUUUCUUCAGUGAGACCUGGUGUGAGACGGUCAUCUUCGUUACUUGAAGGCAAAACUGAUAUUUUACUCGGCAUUCCUGAUGGAGAUCAGACAAGAACGUCUUUCUCUCAAAUUAAAUCAUUUGCAGAAAGAUUUAGUAAUGGGUUGAGCUUUGGAGCUAAUGGUGCUCGAAUGGGGAUGUUCACCUACAGCGAUAAUGCGAAGCCGGUUGUUCAGCUUUCAAGUGGCGUAUCAAAAUCUGUUGUAAACAGUGGGAUACAAAGAAUGACACAUGGUGGUGGAGGUAAUCGUAAAGACGUUGCUUUACAAUAUGCAGCAAGGCAGUUAAAUAGAAAUGCUCGUAGUGGAGCAAAUAAAGCUAUUGUUCUUUUGUCCGACGGUGCAUCAUCUCCUGGAUCUGCUGACAUGAGUAGAAUAACAAGAUCGAAUCCUAACAUUGAUGUCGUAUCUGUUACUGUUGGAACCCCAGCUCGAACUGAAGCUGCAAGACUUGGUCGUGAGGUUGUAUCUUAUGGUAACUAUCCUGAACUUUUGUCAUCUGGUCCGCUUGAUGUAACGACACUUUGGCAGAGUCAGAAAGGCGAAAAGGGAAGUCGGGUAUGA